UGAGUACAAAAAUUAGUAUACCGUACCGUUUCUCACUAGCUCCUAUUCUUCCUUCCUCCGCUCGUCUCUUCGUCACUUCUUCUCAGCACCAUCGUCUCCUUCCCGUCGGAAGCAAAGCUCAAACCUCAACUGUAGAAAUCCAUAAUCAGAUUGAAUUUUGGUGUUAGCUUAAUGAAUUUUGGCGGAUAGUCAUCAAUGGCAGACCAAUCAAAAAAGGAGGAGAAGGAGAAUCUCUCCAAAUCAAUAUCAGCUCCACAAGCGUUUCUUAUCCAUCUGAUAUCUGGACUUGGCUUAGCAAUAUCAUUAUGGGUAGCCCACAAUUUCUACUCCAUCAAUCUCGUCUCCCAUCCUUCAAUUACCCUCCGUCUCAUCUGGAUUGUAGAGAGUGCAAUUGUCAUACUUAUUUACAGCCGCUUUCGAAUUGAUCCGCAACAAUGCUCGUACUUGAAAGCUGUAGUACGGGGAAUAUUGGCACUUCCUGUUGGCGCUCUUGUGAAUGCACUUGGAGCCAUUGCUUUGGGUGCACCCGUUGGUAUCCAGUACUUGCCAAAGACCAUAAACUGGUCUCUUCUUAUGUCAUCAUUCACAGUUGCACCUGCUGCUUCAGUAUUUGGUUCAUCAUGGACAUAUUGGCAACGGAUAUUUGCACAGACAAAGCCAAAUGAACCAUUGGAAUAUAUGAUCUGCAUACCAGCACAUGGGGCUGUUAUUGGAGGCUGGUUUGGAGCUUGGCCUAUGCCACUGGACUGGGAAAGGCCAUGGCAGGAAUGGCCGAUAUGUGUGACCUAUGGAGCCAUGACUGGAUAUUUGGUUGGAAUGCUAGCAAGUUCUGGUUUUGUUCUUGCAAAUGGGAGACGGCAACGACUUAAAGAAGACUAACAUGCUAAGAAAGAUUAUUUACCUUUACCUAGCUGUAGGAACAAGCAUGCCGUUUUGGAGAUUGCUGACAUACAUGUUGAAGAUCGCCACUGAAAUACCUUUUUUUUUUUUUUGAUGGAUACAAUCAGCCAGGCUUCUUCUUUGGUUUUCUGGACGAGUAUUCAGCAUGUAUAACAUCAAUCAUUUUUUAUAUUGGUUUUAUCAUGAAAAUUCACUUUUCACGACAACCAAAGGAGAAUUAUAUGUUUCCUUAUAUUUAAGCUGUAUGAAAUCAAGUUUUAGGCA